AUGAGCGAAUUACCUAUCGAUAACCACGUAUUUCAACGUUGUCAAAUACCCAUUUCAUUCGAAGUCCUUGAUGAUCAAAAUUGGAAUGAAUGUACCACGCUCUCUUUAGCUGAUCGUUAUUCAGCUAGAGUUCGCGCUGCAUAUAAUCUCGAAUGGAAUCUUCCUCAAGAUUAUAGAAAUAUUAACGCUUAUGAUAGAUGCAUUACCAUACCUCCUAAAAUCCCUUACUACAAAGAGCCAAAUCAGGAUACACUAUUUCCAUCCAGGUUACCCAAUCAGCGAAUUCCUCAACCGGAAUAUACUUCACUUUUACCAUUGUUGAUUGCUGCUGGUCGUAAUGAUAUCAACAUUGGUCAAUAUAAUAUUAUAAGCGAAAGAAAUUCAUUGAGAAAAAUUGCAAUGAACAACGAAAAUUAUGUAGUAGGUUUGCAAAAGUUUGGUUCAACAUUAUUUCUAAGACGUUAUGAUCGUCGAAUCGUUGAUAUGAAUGAUUUUGGACAUCGAUUUGAACAAAUGUGUACACCUGAUUAUCAUCUCAAAGCUAAUUUCUAUCAAUUGAUCGAAGGACGUUUUGGCAACCUCACAAUGUUAAUAACAGCUGAAACCGAUGCGAUCUGUAAAAGAAAUGGAGAAGCAAUUGAGCUCAAAUGUCGAUCAAAUCUAGAUAUUCCAAAGGAAAUUAUGCGUCAAUAUUGGUUGCAAGCAUUUCUUGGUGAAGUAACAACGAUUGUGGUUGGUCAUCGUUCAAAUGAUCGACCACUACGGCUUAUUGGAAAUGUUCAAAAUCAUAAAGUUGUGGACAUGAUCGACAAUGAAGAGAAAAAUAAAAUUCUAAAUCGAUUAUAUCAAAUUCUUCAUUUUCUCUCGGCUCAAGUUUUGGAAAAUGAGGUUUAUUUGUUUUCUCGCCGUAUCGAUCAACAAACGGCAAAACGUCAAUUGUAUCUGUAUAAAGUGGCUCGCCAAGAUAAACAACAACUGGCAUUUAUUUCACCACGAAUGCGUGAUACUUUGUUCAGUAAUAAUGAAAAAGCUGAACGUCAAAUAUCAAUGAAACAUAAAAAUCGGGAAAUGAAAAAUGUAACAAUUGGCAUAGAUACUGGUGACAGCGAUGAUGAUGUCAUGAGCUUGAAUGAAGAAUCUUCGGAUUCUAUAUAUGAAGAAGAUCUAUUUGGAGAGUCCCGCUUUUUAAAAAUGAAUCGUAUGAAGGAGGCAAAAAGGAGGAACGUAUCUUUGCGGUAUUCAGAAAAAUCAGCGACAAUGGAUUAACUAACUCGAAAAUACUUCUACAAACAUAUAGCUAUAAACUCACUAUUUUCCAAACGUCAAGCUUAUUUCCACGUCGUUUGAAUCGCACAAAAGUCGGUUAACGGACGAUAAGCACGGUCAAAUGAUAGCUCAUCAUCACUAUCUCACAUAUUUUCUCCCACUCUGCAAAUAUGUUAAAUCUUUAUGUCAGAAACUUAUAAUUGCAUUUGAAUCAGGGGAUAUGAGUCUGAGUGUAGUAUGGGUUAAGAAAAGAAAAACACCGACAUCCACCCUCUUAUAUGGCGUAAUAUCUGAAGAGAAGAUUGCUGUUAGAAUUAUUCGUCUGUAAAAUGAUCCUUACAAAUACUAUUGAGUUCCAAAAAUACUCUUUGACUUUUAGAAAUAAUUAAGAUGUACUUUUCAGAACUGUUCAUGUCUCAUGGAUUGCCAUUUUAUGCUCUGAACCAAACAGAAAAUAGCUGAGGGUGGAUGUGGGUGUGGGAGUGUGGGUGUGGAUGUGGGUGUGGGUGUGUGGGUGUGGGUGUGUGGG